CAGAUAAAGGGAGCCUGGGGAGAAAGUCGACAACGCUCGGGCUGGGAUCUCACCAUGGCCCCGGCGAAAGCUCCGCGCUGGGCUCUGCGCUGGGUCUUCUUGGCUGCCACGGCUCUGGUCGCUUGUGAUGGGCAGGGCGGCAGGAGCCGGGAGAACGGCGGCUCUGCCUGCUAUGGAGGCUUCGACCUCUACUUCAUCUUGGACAAAUCAGGAAGUGUCCUGCACCACUGGAGUGAAAUCUAUUACUUUGUGGAACAUCUGGCUCACAAAUUUAUAAGCCCCCAGCUGAGGAUGUCAUUCAUUGUAUUCUCCACUAGAGGCUCAACUCUAAUGAGACUUACUGAAGACAGGGAACAGAUACGUCAAGGCUUGGAGGAGCUUCAGAAAGUCCUGCCCGGAGGAGACACUUACAUGCAUGAAGGAUUUGAAAGGGCAAGUGAGCAAAUUUACCAUGAAAAUGUUCAAGGUUAUAGGACAGCAAGCGUCAUUAUUGCAUUGACGGAUGGUGAACUUCACGAGGAUCUUUUCUUCUAUGCAGAACGAGAGGCUAACCGAUCCCGUGAUCUGGGAGCAACUGUAUACUGUGUUGGUGUGAAAGAUUUCAAUGAAACUCAGCUGGCUCGCAUCGCUGACAGCAAGGAUCAUGUCUUCCCUGUGAAUGAUGGCUUUGAAGCACUCCAGGGGAUCAUAGACUCUAUUUUAAAGAAAUCUUGCAUUGAAAUUCUGGCUGCAAAACCUUCUAGUAUCUGCGCAGGAGAAUCAUUCCAGGUAGUCGUCACAGGAAAUGGAUUCCGGCAUGCCCGCAAUGUCGACAGAGUCCUCUGCAGCUUCCGAAUCAAUGAGACAGUCAUUCUCAAUGAGAAACCGUUUGCAGUAGAGGACACCUACUUACUCUGCCCUGCACCUGUACUGCGAGAAGCUGGCAUGCAAGCUGCUCUUCAGGUCAGCAUGAAUGAUGGCCUCAGUUUCAUCUCAAGCUCUGUCAUCAUCUCCAGCACACACUGUUCUGAUGGGACAAUCCUGGCAAUUGCUUUGCUGAUUCUUUUCCUUCUGCUGGCGUUGGCUCUCCUGUGGUGGUUCUGGCCUCUGUGCUGCACUGUGAUUAUUAAGGAACCACCCCCACCCCCUGCAGAAGACAGCGAGGAAGAAGAUGAUGAUGGACUUCCCAAGAAAAAGUGGCCAACAGUAGAUGCUUCCUAUUAUGGUGGACGUGGUGUUGGUGGCAUUAAGCGAAUGGAGGUUCGCUGGGGAGAAAAAGGGUCUACAGAAGAAGGUGCUAAACUAGAGAAGGCCAAGAACGCUCGAGUCAAGAUGCCAGAACAAGAGUAUGAAUUCCCAGAGCCCAGGAGCCUUGGAAACAGUAUCCGGAGGUCCUCUUCUCCCGGGAAGUGGUAUUCUCCAAUUAAGGGAAAGCUGGAUGCCCUCUGGGUCCUGUUGCGGAAAGGUUAUGACCGUGUAUCUGUGAUGAGACCCCAGCCAGGAGACAAGGGUCGUUGCAUCAAUUUCACCAGAGUGAAGACUUCUCAGGCUCCACCAAAGUAUCCGCUCAACAAUGCAUAUCAUCCCCCUUCUCCACCCCCUGCCCCCAUUUAUAACCCUCCACCCCCUGCCCCAAUCUACACUCCACCACCACCUAGCACACCAACACCACCCACUCCAUCCCCGCCAUGCACCCUGCCGCCACUCCCACCACCUCCUCAUGCUCCACCCCCCAACCGGGCUCCACCCCCUUCACGGCCCCCACCUCGUCCCUCUUUCUAAGAGCAAACCCAUCUCUCCCAGAAGCAUUUCUCAAGCCAUUUUCAGCAAUACUGUACCAAUUCCACUACAGGGGUGGCUUUAACAUUCUGGGUGACAAGAUGAGCAAGCCACUUUGAUUUUUUUUUUAAAAAAAAGCCCUAAUGCAUUGGUCAGCUAGAAUGCUGAAAUCACUUCUUUUAAAUUCAAAACGAAUCUCUCCCAUUCAGCACUUCCAAAAGUGGGGGGUGGGGAGAGAAUCCUUUGGGCAAAGAUUGGCAGGGAACGACAUUACUGAAAACCACCAAUAGCCCCAAUGCAUAUCACAGUUUACAGUCAUCAUGUUACUUCCUGUUCAUAUCAAGAAUGAAUGGAUUAUUUCUCACAUGAAUGGCAGGAACCUCAGGCUGAAACCCUAGCUGUAAGGACACCAACCUCAGUGGCUAAAACUGAGGCCAUUCUUAGGAGUCACAUCUCUAUCGCAGGAGCCUUUCAUCACAUAGAAAGGAUUUGCAUGUGGGGCUGGAUUUGAUAUGUUGCUGCAAGGAAGAUGGUUACCGCAAUGAAAUGUUGAUUGAUUUAAAG